UCCCAGGGCACCGUGGUUGAUGUCAUUCCUCCAAUCAGAGCGGAGGACCAAGAUCAGCUCAACACCACUGUGAUUAUACCAGAUGUACGAUCCGAGUUCUCGCUUUCUUAUGAACGAGACGAGUGGGGCGAUUACCGUUGACUCCAAGCUAGCCGCAACCACAUAUGCGGCUCUUAUUAAGGCAACCCAAAUUGACAACCCUUUGAGGUAUGGGAUUGCACUUAUACAAAUCAGCGUCGCAGGGCUGAACAUAACGCUACCUAAUGGACCGUCCUUUCGUCAAAAUUUAUACGAAACUACAAUCGCGGAGAGCCAGCCACCGGGAACCACGAUUUUGACAGUGCCAGUCACUGUGAGGAACCCUGCGGGUGCUUUGAGUUUCAACAUACUAGAAAGCAUAGCAGAGUUUGCAGUCGACCAGAGAGGAAACAUAUUCCUAACUCGAUCUCUGGACUACGAUGGACCACACAGGGAAUAUAGAUUUACUCUGGAAGUGACGGACGGCAAACAUAGAGCUACAACGCCUAUACAUAUCCGAAUAGCCAAUGUAAACGACAACACUCCUCAGCUAGUGAACUCGGAAUUCACAGUGGUAGCAGAACGUAUUCAAGGUGCUUUCGUCACUGGCAUUGAGGGGCAGGACAAGGAUCCAAAUACGCAUCUUCAGUAUCAUCUGAGGACGCAUACAUCCUUAUUCGCCAUCAACUCUGUCGGGGAUAUCAGUAUAACCGCCUCACCGAAUGAGCUAAAGCAGAGGAGUUACCUCUUAGUGGUCAGCGUCGCGGAUGACGGUGUCCCCCAGAGGUCAACAGUUGCCCUGGUCACGGUCAAAUUCCCACGUCAUAUGCUUGCGUCACAGGGCCUGUUGGCGAUAGGAGGGACUGACCUACUUGCUGUUAUAUUUGGUGCCGUUGCAGCAGUCCUUUUGAUAAUCGUCGUUAUCCUCUUCGUGUACAUAAUUCGUUGGAAAAUGAUCUACACGAACAAAAAACUGACGAAAGUGAGACAGGAAAACGGUUUGGAUCCCAAGGGACUGACAUACAAGCCUGCCAAACCAUCCUCAGAUCUGGAUAAUAACGAUAUAAAACAAAACGGUGACGUCAAGAAAAUACCAAAUAUAGAUAUACCAACAAACAUUCGAGAAAAUCCGUUAUCAGAAGAAAAAUUGCAUUAUGGGUUCUCGAAUACCUCUAAAGAAGGAAAUGAUGAGCUUCGAAUAAACACAACUGUAAUUCCAUAUGGAAAUUCAUUUAACAAUUACGAAGAACGAAGGGCUUAUCAGAAUGAUGUACUAAAGACAUUCCAUGUUCCUGAGGGCAGCAGUAGUGGUGAGAGUAGUGAUAGUACAGGCGAUAGUAACCGAGGAUUAAUGAAGGUUCGGCCUCCUCAUUCGUCAUCCCUCUGUCGGACUAACAACCUUUCCUGGGGCGAUAUUGACAGGACUAAUUCAUACGACUGGGAGGAAAACCUUCCCCAGGACAUGAGGAAAUCUGCCAGAAAGCCUAAAAUUGCAGUUUAUUUUUGAUGUUUUACUGAGAAAUUUGUGGAAGCUAUUUUGUGCAAAAGAAUGAAUUGGAAUAUGAAAUACAGAAAUCCGUUGACACAUGACUGUACAUAUGGAAGAAAAAUAAAUGGAGUAUUUAUGGAUAUGAAAAGAGAUAGGUAGGGCGUUUGGUUUAUUCGACAGUUGUCCAUGAUCCAGAUGACCUUGCAGAGGGGCAUUUCGACUUAAAUAGAUUGCGAUUGAGCAAUCCAUCGUGUCAGAUUAUGCCAUGUACAUUACAGGAACCACGAUAUUCACAUGGUGCCGUUUUGUUUUGCAUGCCACCUGCGGAUGCUUGACGUGAUCUAAUAAUAAGGCCAAUCAGUUCUUCGUAUAUUGAAAAGUCUGCGUAAUGUACUUCAAAGUGCAAAUUCAUCAACAAUCUACCUAUGAAUACCUUACCGAAGACAUGUAUAUAUCCGGAAGUGAUGGAGUAUGUGAUUACAUUACCUAUAAUCAAGCAGAUAUAUAUAUAUACAACUGUGACACAAUAGUGGCAAUAACAAUGUACUAUUGAUCUACGUGGAACAUUAUCUUUCUUUGAACUCUGUAAAAAAGUGUAUUAGAAAAAAAUACAACGAAACCUGGUGACAACGGAUAUAACUGAUAUGUAGACUGCUCAAUAUUCUUCUCUCUUAUUCUUUAUGAUGUUUUUCAGUUGAGGUUUCGUAAUAUUACUGCCCAGUAUUUGCUUCAUGAAAAAGCUAAAUUAUGUAAGCAUUUGUAUUAUAAAUACAUGUACUUGAUAAUUGCGUAAAUAUAUCUUCCAUGGCAGCAUUU